GUUCUCUCUCUCUUUCUCUCUCUAGAAAUGAAGGCAAGCCCAGUGACAGAUGUCAAGGUCUCCUCGGUUGUACCUGCUUCUGUGACAGGCGAGAACAAGCCACGACACCUCACGGCCAUGGACUUGGCCAUGAAGCUCCACUACGUCCGAGCCGUUUACUUCUUCAAGGGUACACGUGACUUCACCCUCACUGACUUGAAGGACAACAUGUUUCCUCUGCUACAGCUCCAAUGUUAUGGCCACGUGGCGGGUCGGAUCCGGAUGCCCGACAACGACUCUUCUGCUCCAGCCUUACCUUUCAUUCGCUGCAACGACAGUGGCACACGCGUCGUUGAAGCCAAAGUCGAUGGGUUCACGGUCGAGGAGUGGCUUGACUUGGAAGACCGUUCCAUCGAUCACCAGUAUCUUGUAUACGAUCACGUUCUUGGUGAUCCUGAUCUUAUCUUCUCUCCACUCGUUUUCCUCCAGAUAACACAGUUCAAAUGUGGCGGGUUCUCUAUUGGGUUGAGUUGGGCCCAUGUUUUAGGAGAUGUGCUUUCAGCAUCAACUUUCAUGAAAACAAUGGGACAACUAUUGUCGAGCUAUGGUCCACCCAAACUCGUGUACCCAACAAAGUCGGUACUGACCUCUCAUGCUAUUGGUCAAGGUCAUGAUGAUAAUGAUGAUGAUGAAGCGAUUUCCAUCAAAAAGAUAGAAUCAGUUGGGGAGUAUUGGUUACCUACCAAUAAAUGGAAUAUGAGGAGAUUUGUUUUUAACUUUAGCCACGACCAAACUGACCGUUUAAUGGCCAAGUACGCAGGGCCAAACCAACCUUUUUCGGAGGUUGAUGUUCUGUAUGCAUUGAUGUGGAAGUCGCUACUGAAUAUCCGUGGCGAUAAAGAGACCAAUGUUAUAACAAUUUGUGACCGUAAAAUGUCUUCAACAUGUUGGAAUGAUGACUUGGUAAUAAGCGUAGUGGAAAGAAAAGACGAGGCCGUCGAAAUAUCUGAGCUAGCUGCACUGAUUGCUGGCAAAAAAAUAGAAGAAAAUGGUGUGAUCAAACGGAUGAUAGAACAAGAUAAAGGGUCUUCAGAUUUUAUCACUUACGGUGCGAAUUUAACGUUUGUGAAUCUUGACAUGGUAGAUAUGUGCCACGACUUUGAAAUCAAAGGAGCGAAGCCGGAUUUCGUAAACUACACGAUUCACGGUGUUGGAGACAAAGGAGUUGUUUUGGUUUUCCCCAAGGGAAAGCUUGCUAGGAUUGUAAGUGUGGUGAUGCUUGAAGAAGACCUUGCAAAGCUCAAGGUUGAGGUUAAUAAUUUGAUUAUGUAACUUUGUGUAUUUCUUGAAUUUCUUGCUUUGUUCUUCUGUGUGGUGCAACUGAUUUUCGCUGUUAUUUACACUAGGUCAAUUUAUUUUAUUCGCAUAUUCGAUGAUUUUCUAUGUCCCUUCUUGUAUUGUAUCAGUGAUUACUUUGAUUAUCCAAUUGCUGUAAUAAAAUGUUG